UUUAUACGCCUUAUCUGGCAACUGCAGUGUUGAGUCAGCUGCUUAGAGUUUUGCGAUUUCAUUGCAAUAAUUUCUUGCUAAAAUAAUUUAUUAACCUGAAAAGAGAAAAACGGUAAAAGCUUCAAAACAUGCCGAACGCAGACGAAACACCAGCCGCCAACCAAGACGACGAGAGUGAGCAUGAGCUGCAUCAGAAAACCAAAGAUGUGGCUAGAGCCACAAAGGAAAUGGUGGAAAGCGCCGUUGCCGGCUUGAAGCUAAUGGAGCUGGGUUCGGCGGCAGCAAAUGAAGCAAAUGCAAGUGGCGCUACAGAAGAUGCCAAGGAGUCGGGCAAGAGCUUUAUAGCGUCAGAACAAAACAGGCAGGCGCUGCUGCAGGCGAUGACGGAUGCAAUGGCCAACACCCGCCAACAGGCAAAGAAAUUUGCAUUUUGGUCAACGCAACCGGUAACUAAGCUGGAUGAGCUGGUGACCACCAACGAGUGCAUUGAGCCCAACAAAAAGAUCGACGAUAUACGUGCCGAACCCUACACUUUGCCCAGUGGAUUCAAGUGGGUGACACUCGAUCUGAACGAUGCCAGCGAUUUGAAGGAGCUGUACACGCUGCUUAAUGAGAAUUAUGUAGAGGACGAUGAUGCCAUGUUUCGCUUCGACUAUCAGCCGGAGUUCCUGAAGUGGUCUCUGCAGCCACCAGGCUGGAAACGAGACUGGCACGUUGGCGUUCGUGUGGAGAAAUCCGGUAAAUUGGUCGGCUUCAUUUCGGCCAUUCCCAGCAAAUUGCGAACUUACGAGAAGGUGCUCAAGGUGGUCGACAUUAAUUUCUUGUGUGUGCACAAGAAGUUGCGCAGCAAACGUGUCGCUCCGGUCCUCAUUCGUGAGAUUACACGACGUGUGAAUUUGACGGGCAUCUUUCAGGCUGCCUACACAGCGGGCGUUGUGCUGCCAACGCCGGUGUCGACGUGCCGCUAUUGGCAUCGUUCGUUGAAUCCCAAGAAGCUGGUCGAUGUACGCUUCUCGCAUUUGGCACGCAACAUGACCAUGCAACGCACCGUCAAACUUUACAAACUGCCUGAUCAGCCCAAGACAAAGGGCUAUCGUCGCAUCACAGCCAAAGACAUGGAUAAGGCGCACAAAUUGCUUGAGGAUUACUUGAAGCGCUUUUCGCUGGGUCCCAUGUUUACCAAGGAGGAAUUUAAGCAUUGGUUCACGCCACGCGAUGGCAUCAUCGAUUGCUUUAUUGUUGCCGACGAGAAGGGCAACAUCACCGAUUUGACCAGUUACUACUGUCUGCCCUCGUCCGUUAUGCAUCAUCCGGUGCACAAGAAUGUGCGUGCCGCAUAUUCGUUCUACAAUGUGUCCACUAAGACGCCAUGGAUUGAGCUGAUGAACGAUGCUUUGAUCUCGGCGCGCAAUGUCCAAAUGGAUGUGUAUAACGCGCUUGAUCUGAUGGAGAAUAAGAAGUUCUUUGUGCCGUUGAAGUUUGGUGCUGGCGACGGUAAUUUGCAGUACUAUUUGUACAAUUGGCGAUGCCCUGCCAUGCAGCCCGAGGACAUUGCAUUGAUACUCAUGUAGGAUUGGGAUUGGAUUUGGACAGUAAAGGCAUUUGAUCUACACUUACCUACAAUUCAUCACUACACAACAUCCCAAACUACAACACCACUCCACAAAACAAACAGUAACGCACGCAAAACGAUUAAAUCAUUAUUAUCGCCUGAACUGCCGCCGCCGCCGCUUUAGCUGCUGCCGUCGCACUUGGAAAGUCUAACUUUAGAUAUUGGAAUUAUAAGUAUCAUUUCGAUGUAAGCAAAAAUCUGGAAAUUUGGUUUGCGUGUGCUUUUUGCUAUUGAUAUUUUUGUAAUUCCUCGUUUAACGAAUUCUGUGUACUACACACAAAUAAAAUUGUUUUUUUUUUACUUCUGUAAUUUGUUGCUUCCCGAAGACACAUGAAAUGCAACUGCUAAGCUUCUGUAUAACAUAAAAUGGAAAAUGAUUAUUGAAUAAAACACUAAGAAGGAGUAAAAACUAU